AUUUAUUAGGAACUACAUCCUCUUGUUGAAGGAGGGAAGGACUUCCCUGUCUGGGUGUUUUGUCCAGUAGAUAACUCACUUGAGUCCCUAGCACUAAAACUAAUGCAGUACUACAGCAAAUCCAAAUACUUCAUAUUCACUGGAACAGGCAAACCAGUCAACCAUCAUCCAAGAGUACAAGAGACCGAUAUUUGCAUUUCACGACCUAAAGAGUCCUCCCCACUGGGUUUUAUUGAAGAACUCUGUCAUAUGAAUGCUUUGUGGGGCCUUGAUGUCCAGUCCAGUAAACCGUGGGGUUGUUCUAAAGUAGUUUUUGGUAGCGUUGGUAGUUCUGUUGCUGCUGGGUCUGAUGUGAUUAGUAGUCCAUCAGUUACUUUCACUAAUGCUGGAGAGGCUCUGGUUAGAAGUGGUAAACCAAUCCCCUAUGCUUCUAUACUAUCUGUUAAUAGUGUUGAUGGAUCAUAUUGUUCACAAUGUGGGCAGCUCAACAUGCAGCAUUGUGUAAAGUACUCACUACAUGUCAUCAAGUAUCUCUGUAACAAGAGUGUACUCUUUAAAUCAAUGGACCACUGACAUACAGAUAGACACUGUAUGCAUACACUGACUGUAACAAAAUGUACUAAUUCCUCAAGUUCAGCUGUUCUGUUUAACAUUAAUUUUGUGUAUUAUGAGAUU